UUAUCUUUCCGUCUCCUUCUGAUCUCUUUCUCUGCAACUCCCUCCCUUGAUGUGAUUCUCCACCAACAUCUCCAAAAGAAACCCCAUCAACCUUUACAAAAGAGAAAGCUCUAAUUAAGAGCCAUGGUUUUCUCAUCCCUUCCCGUCUAUCUGGAUCCGCCCAACUGGCAGCAACAGCAACAAAAUUAUCAACAACCACCACACGGUCAUGGAGCUGAGAAUCCCCAGCUCCCACCUCCACCGCCGCCACCGACCGGUGGCCCCGGCUCGAUCAGGCCAGGUUCGAUGGCGGAUCGAGCACGGCAAGCCAAGAUUCCACAGCCUGAGGCGACCCUCAAAUGCCCGAGAUGCGAAUCCACAAAUACAAAGUUUUGCUACUUCAACAACUAUAGCCUCACACAACCUCGCCACUUUUGCAAGACCUGUCGGCGCUACUGGACAAGAGGAGGUGCACUAAGGAACGUGCCGGUUGGCGGUGGUUGUAGAAGAAACAAAAGAAGCAAAAGCAGCAGCAGAUCCAAAUCUCCUGCCACAGCCGAGAUUUCCACCAGUACUACUGUAUCUUCUAGUGGCUGCGCAGCCACUGAUCAUAUGUUAGGCCAUUUGCCACCUCCGCCGCCUCCAAACUUGUCUUUUUUGCCUACUUUGCAUCAUCUAACUGAUUAUGCUUCUGGGGACCUCGGCUUAAAUUUCGGUGGAUAUCCGCCAACUGUGGCGGCAACAGGCGGUGAUGUUCAAUAUCAAAUUGGUGCUAGUUCAAGUGGGGGUAGGUCUUUUUUGUCAGCUGGCUUUGCUGAGCAGUGGAGGCUGCAGCAAGUGCAACAAGUGCAGCAGUUUCCUUUCUUGGCUAAUUUGGAAGCACCAAUUGGGUUGUUUCAAUAUGAUCAGGGUGGGAAUGUUGAGCCGGCGCCGCCGUCAAGCUAUCUCCGGUCUAAGCCAUUGGAUUCUGAAGUAUCAGUGAAAAUGGAAGAUAAUCAAGGGCUGAAUUUGUCAAGAUCUCAUUUGGGUACUUCAGGAAAUGAUCAAUACUCAUGGGGUGGUGGCAAUGGCAAUGCAUGGAGUGAUAAUAUUUCUGGUUUCACCUCUUCCACCACCCAUAUGUUGUGAUUUUGAAUAUCUCUCUUCUCUUCUCUUCUCAUCUCUCUAAAGAAAUGAUCGUCUUAGAGUUUCAUUCAACAACCCUAGCUAACUUUGCAAUUUCCAAUACAAAAGAAUCUAAGAAGGUGAAAUGGGAAGGCUGGAACAACAAUUCCUUUGUGAUCUGCUCAACAAGUUAGAAAUGGUAGGCUUCGUGUCUGAAAUUUCUUUGAGGUUGUGAAUUUUUCUUCUUCUUCUUCUUCUUCUUCUUCUUCUUGUAUUCUAUGUAUGUUGACGAAGUAGAGUGUGUUCAUUGAGCCUGAUAUGCAUAACUUGAUCAAAUGCACUGUAUACUAAGUGAUUUUCUUGAAAUGAUAUGUGAAAAUG